AUGAAGCUCGUUCUGAUUCUCGUCGUCCUCCUGGGAGCUGCUCUCGCCGCGCCGGAAAUCAAUCGCGCAAAACGAGAAACUGCACCAGAAGACGAUCUCAUCGAGACUUCAGGAGAGUCGAGUGGCGACGGUUCUGGCGAAGGCUCCGGCGAAGGAUCCGGCGAGCUCAUCAUUCCAGUUGACGAGCUCACCCUUCGGCAAUUGGAAACGUUGAACAACUACGCCAAACAGCUAAAUGCCGAUUCCCAAAAGCUGAUCCAUCAGGCCAAUUUGGUGAUCACCGAGAUGGCGUCGCUUUCGGCCAACGCGCAAAGCGUGAACGCCCUUGCCGGCGUCGUCGAAUCGAACUCGGCCAUCGUUUUGGCGAACGCAAAGAACUCAUUGAACGUCACCGAAAUCACCGCCGCCUCGCCAACCGAGUGCGUCGCCUCGGCGGUCUGCUACAACGAUGACGGAUGCGGAGGCGGUUCGUGUGUCGGCGCAUUCGCCGGCACCUGCAACUGCAACGGAUGCAUUCUCGGAUGGCCAUGCCAGACGGACGUCGAAUGCGGCGGCUUCGCCGGAUCGUGCAACACCGUCUCGGCGACAUGCGACUGCUUCGCCGGCUACGCUCACAACAACAUGACGCUCAAUGAAGCGCUCACCAACUUCUGUAAUGUUGCCAAGUGCGACGGCACCGCGAACGCCGAACAAUGCUUCGGACUCUCAUGCAAUUAUGGAUUCUGCGUCUGCUGA